AUGCUGACGGCACCGAAGCCCUGGGAGACAAGGCUGACUGCCCCCACGAGGCCGCCCCGCAUCAGCCUUGACCCCAAUCGGGGCUGCGUGUUUGCUUUACUCAACAGCCUGGGCGUCAGUUCGUCAGGCCGGUUGUUGGAACAUCAUAAAACUCCUCGGAAGAGGAAGGUCGCCACUCUGCAAGGAACACUGCUGCGGGGACCCCAAAGCCCUGCAGUUAAAGGCCCUCCCGCACGGCACGCCCCUUACGUGCCCCAGGACCCUCCAGAGGACCUUGAUUCUCCCCUUCAGCUUUCCUCUCCCUGGGGAAGAGUGAACCCAAUGUACAGCGUCCACCAUUCUGCCCAGCGUCUGGAGUGUGCUGUUCUGGGAACUGACCUGAGAUCUGGACAGCUGGCUGUCCCUGCCCUCCUGCUUGAUGGCCCGGGGUCCCGGCCGCCCCCUGCACACCUGGGCGUCAGGAGGUGGCCGUGGGCCAGGCUGGGCCCCAACUCCGUCUCCAUGGGCUUCCAGCUCUGGACCACACCGCAGGGUGAUGGCACACGCUCACAAGUGUGUAAACGUCAGCGACACCCAAGGAUGCGAACAUCACAAGAGCAUCUCAAAGAACAGAAUUCUGUAGAGCAUCUCAGGCACUGGGCGAAAUGUUGCUCUGAGAAAUCAGAGCGGCCCCACGCCGUGGAGCCAGAGGAAGUGUCGUUUCCAGGUGGUCUGGGGCUAGGCAGUUUAAGCCGUUAUGGUCUGGGCUCCUCCUGGUGCUGUGGCGGCUCGGAAAAUCCCGAGCAGGUCUCCAUCAGCCCGACCGUGGUUUCCGCGCGCGGCUCACACGCCAGGCUCCAGCAAGGUGACCCUGGAGCCCAUAGGGAGCGCCGGACGCCCGCCCGGAGAGCCGGAGCGCCCCCUGCAGCUUCUGGAAACGGAGGCGGCCCGCUCCGCCCUCGGAGCGCAAUCUCCUCGCGCCUCCGCGCCAGCGAGAGCACCAGGAUGCCCGGCCCGCCAGUGGGGCGGGCGCGCUUUCCCGGAGCGGCGGCGCGCCCGAGCUCGGAGGCCUGGCUCUACCUGCACUUGCCCUCUCUCCCGACUUCUGGCAGGCUUCUCUCACAGUUUUCCCGCAAGCCCAGACCCCCUCGGGAGUGUCGAAGCCAAGACCCGACCAAGCAGCGGGAUUGCUUUCAUGCUGAAGUCUCAGUGAAGGGCUCUGAAGAGGUUUAUGGGCUGGUCCGCAAAACUCUCCUAAGGUGUGGCCGGGCCGCCGGAUCCUUAGGAGAGGCCCUUAAAGCAAGGUGGCCGGUUGCCUUGAUGCCCUGUCUGGCCCUGGGUGGGACCGUGGGCCUCACACAGCUUGGCCUCUCUCUGCGCCUUGGCCACCAUGCUAGACAGAAGGGGCUGAUGAAAUCUUCCACCUCCUUCCAGAACUAUCUGCUCCAGGCGGACCUAAGAUACGAGCAGGACGCAUGUAGUGCGGCUGGAGAAGCUCAGAGGGGCGCCUGUCCCAGGAGUCAGCGCUUCUCAUCAAAUCUGCCGGGGGAGGGCCCUGGCGUGAGGAUUUCAGUUUCCCAGGUGAUGCUGAGAGACAUGUCUAAGCUCUGGCCCUGGCAGUGUCGGUCUGUCUCCUCCUGGGCCAUCCAGUUCUGUCUGAACGCCGACCUCGCCGUGCGCCCCUCCACUUGCCCACUGGUCGGAGCUCAGACUGCAGCUGAAGGCUGGAAGGAAACCGGCCUCGGAGACAGCGGUCUUGUGAAACGAAACCUAUCAGAUGACUGCCGAUGGCAAGUGCUUGCUGUCCUUGGACAGCAUCGGUGGCAUCCUGAGAGCUCGGUAGAGAUGCAUACCCUCCGACCUAGCUUCUCUGCCGGUGACUCCUGUGGGUGUCAGCGCCGGAGGAGCACGGGACAGGAAAGGAGACUGAGGGUCCUAGACCAAAUCCACCACACCAUGGACGUCACCCAGCAACACGGCCACGUCACCGGCUCAGCCGAUGUGGCUACGACAAAGAGCCAUUUAUCUGCCAAUAGGAGAAACAAACGGGCGCGUCGCAUCUCGCCUUUGAGAGCAAAGCGGGAGAGUGACAGCGCCCGCCGCCGGAGGCGCGGUGUCUCCGGGCAUCGCGCGCCCCCACCUAUCAGCGCGCUGGCAGCUGGGGAGAUACGUUUAGAUAAAGCAGCCUCAAUCGCCGAUAACAAGCCCCUCAAAUGUCAGGAGGCACAAAGGCCGCCAUUGAUUGCCCCGCGCAGCCCGGCCCCCCUUUCUGCAGCCCUCCAGCGCGCCUUCCUCUCCUCUUUCACACAGCGGUGGCUCUGGCGGGACUGA